AUGCCUCAUGUUCGAAUGCCGAUCCGACGUUCGGGAUAUCGUUAUGUAUCACGGCCCGGUGUACGAUAUCCAAUGCGACCUCCACCACCUAGUCGAGGAGGCCUUCUUGGUUUACUUGGAGGCUUAGCUGGUUUACUAUUAUGUUUACUAUGCUUAGCAACGUUGGGUUUACUUGGUCUUUUUGCAACAUUUAUUGCAGUGACCGCUUAUCUCGGACAACUUUAUAAAGCAUUGAAAGAUAUUGGUAAUGAUGCCCCUAGCCUUGGCAUAAACAUGAUCAUCUUACUGGCGGUUUUAUGUUUUGCCGGUUUUUAUAAGCUACGACGAUCAUUAUAA